AUGCCAGACAAGAUCCUUGACGAUAUAUCUCACCGUAGAUUCAAUCCCCUGACGAACUCAUGGCUACUCGUGUCACCACACCGAACAAAGAGACCUUGGCAAGGACAACAGGAGUCUGCGCAGGCCAAUACGCUGCCGGACUAUGACCCCAAGUGCUAUCUGUGUCCCGGCAAUGAACGAGCACAAGGCGGUUCCAACCCACAGUACAAGGACACCUUCGUCUUCGUCAACGAUUACAGCGCCGUCAAGGAAGAACAAGCUGCCUACACACCACCGGAACCGACCAGCAGCGAUGACCUUUCCGCGCUGCUCCUCCGCGCGCAGCCCGUCACUGGCAAGUGCUUCGUCCUCACCUUUAGCGCCACGCAUUCCGUGACCCUGGCAGACAUGACACCCGCCGAGAUCCUUCCUGUCAUCGAGACCUGGACGCGCAUCUAUGCGAGCCACCUCUCCCCCUCGAACCCUCUCGCCGCCGUUGCUGCGAAGUUGCCCCUCCUUCAGAAAGAGGCUGCCCCUGAGAGCGAGGUCGAGAGACCCAAGGACCAGCUCCGGUACAUGCAGAUUUUUGAGAACAAGGGCGCAGCAAUGGGCUGCUCGAACCCGCACCCGCACUGCCAAAUCUGGACCACGUCAACGCUCCCUGAGGAGCCCGGCAAGGAAAUCGUUUCCAUGACCAAGUACCGCACCGAGCACGGCGGGCGCCACCUACUUGCUGACUACGUCAAGCUUGAAAUCGAGAAGGGCGAGCGGCUGGUCUGGCAGAACGAUGGCUUCGUCAUUGUGUGUCCGUGGUGGGCAAUCUGGCCGUUCGAGGUGCUGGUGAUCGCGAAGCGGCAUGUGCGUGCUCUGGUAGACUUGACGGAUGAGGAGAGGCUGUUGUUUGCGGAAGCGGUGCAGGAGGUCACAAGGCGAUACGACAACCUCUUUGAAUGCAGCUUUCCAUACAGCUCGGGAAUUCACCAAGCGCCGCUCGAGUGCACCGAGGAGGAGGCUGAGAAUAGCUACUUCCAUAUGCAUUUUUAUCCACCUCUGCUGCGCUCCGCAACAGUGCGCAAGUUUCUGGUCGGAUACGAGUUGAUGGCAGAGCCGCAGCGGGACAUCACGCCGGAGCAGGCGGCCACAAGGCUGAGAGGGUUGGGAGGCGAGCUUUACCGCAAGAAGCUGGCGCAGUAA